CGCAGCAAUGGCGAGACCGUGAGUGCCGCAAGCGGGAGUCGGAAGAACAGGCUGGGACGGGGUUCGGAUGCCGCGUCACUGCUCCGCCGCCGGCUGCUGCACACGGGACACGCGCGAGACGCGCAACCGCGGCAUCUCUUUCCACAGGCUCCCCAAGAAGGACAAUCCGAGGCGGGGCUUGUGGCUGGCCAACUGCCAGCGGCUGGACCCUAGCGGCCAGGGCCUGUGGGACCCUGCGUCGGAGUACAUCUACUUCUGCUCCAAGCACUUCGAGGAGAACUGCUUUGAACUGGUGGGAAUCAGUGGGUAUCACAGGCUGAAGGAGGGAGCAGUUCCGACGAUAUUUGAGUCUUUUUCCAAGUUGCGUCGAACAACCAAGACCAAGGGGCACAGUUACCCCCCUGACGUCAGCCGGCUCCGGCGAUGCAGGAAGCGCUGUUCUGAGGGCCGAGGGCCCACAACUCCAUUUUGCCCACCUCCACCUGCUGACCUCACCUGCUUUCCUGUGGAAGAGGCCUCAGCACCUGCUGCCUUGCCUGCCUCCCCCACCGGGAGGCUGGAGCCUGGCCUCAGCAGCCCCUUCUCAGACCUCCUGGGGCCCCUGGGUGCCCAGGCAGAUGAAGCAGGCUGCAGCACCCAGCCUUCACCUGAGCGGGAGCCAGAGCGACAGCCGUCUCCGCUGGAGCCGAGGCCCGUCUCACCCUCGGCCUACAUGCUGCGCCUCCCGCCGCCCGCCGGAGCCUACAUCCAGAAUGAGCACAGCUACCAGGUGGGCAGCGCCCUGCUCUGGAAGCGGCGGGCUGAGGCUGCACUCGAUGCCCUGGACAAGGCCCAGCGCCAGCUGCAGGCCUGCAAGCGGCGGGAGCAGCGGCUGCGGCUGCGGCUGACCAAGCUGCAGCAGGAGCGGGCACGGGAAAAGCGGGCACAGGCCGAUGCCCGCCAGACUCUGAAGGAGCACGUGCAGGACUUUGCCAUGCAGCUGAGCAGCAGCAUGGCCUGAGUGAGGGCCGCCCGGCAGGGCUUCAGCCUCUUUCUCCCUCAGUAUCCUCCUUGAGAGGAUCUGAUCUGAGCUGUGUCCACCAGCCCUGCCAGAUGCCAUAAUAAAGUGGAUUCUAGAAAGAA